CAGUAGGAUGUGGACCUGGAAGAAGCAAACCUGGAUACAGCUGCUGAUGUAGACCAAGGUCUGCAGACAGAGGACAAAGUGCGAAGACUCUGGAUGUUGUUGAGGACAUGGAUUUGUAAGCUUUGCGGCAAGAGCUUUAAGAUGUUGAGAUCUCCCUGCGCUGCCGGGGCUCCCGUUUGGAUCAGCGCGGCUCACGGCGAGAGAAAUGGACCCCUCGGCUGCCCCCAACGCCUCUGCCGCCUUUUGAAGGAUGUCCCUCAGCAGAGAGCAGGCCCGGGACAGCACUGAGACCCCCAGCCAGAGAGAGCACAUUCGUAACCGUAUGAAGAUGGUGAUUGACCAGCUAGAGGGGAUUCUGAGGGAGCUGAAGGAGGUGGCAAGGGAACUCCGAGAGGUGGUGGGGCAGAUAGACAAGUUGACAUCAGACUUUGAUUUCGACCUCGAACCUGAUGACUGGACUGUGGCAACCAUGAGCAGCACAUCAAGCAGUGAGAGGGGGCUGGGAGAUGCUUUUGGCCGUCUGGAUUUCCUGAACCCAGAUGUGCUCUCUGACAGCUGGGAAUUCUGCAGCUUCCUGGAGACUCCUUCCCCAACUACUACUGAGAAGCCAGCGGAGGAGCUAGGUAGCUCUGAACAGGCGUCCUAUGCUCAGAUGAAUGGAGGAAUCAUUCCCAAUGGGCCUGUGAUAGUUACACCAGAUUCCUCAAGUGAAGAGGCAGUCAGUUCCAUACAUAGUCACAAGAACUCUCGAACACCAGGGACGAGGGAGAGGGUACGCUUCAGUGAUAAAAUCCUCUACCACGCUCUUUGCUGUGAUGAUGACGAUGAUGAGGAGGAAGAGAUAGAAAGCGGGCCGACACCAGAGACGGACAGUGAGCCUAGCCCACCAACAGCCUCACCAACUCCCCCUUCCUCUGGCCAGACUCUCUACAACUGUCACGCCUCUUCCUCAACUGGGGGAGGAGGGGCAUCAUCAGGAGUAUCAGCAGCUGAGAAAAAAGGUCUCAACCCUAGCUCCCGGAAAAAAGUGCUACGAAACAGCAGCACACAGACUGUCGCAGACAAAAGCACCCAAACAGUACUGCCCUAUGUCCCAGCAAAACAGAAAACAAAGGACCAGAACUAGAAAAACCAUCCAAAAAAGAAAAGAAAAAAGGACUGUGUACUAUUUAAAAAUAAAAUACAUAGAUAAAUAGAUUAAUACACCAACAAAAAUAAAUAAAUAUUAUAUGAGAAAUUUGCUUGACUACCUAACAUCAUUCUGAGGCUCAGGGAAAUAAAGAUUACUGUUACAAUA